GACCCAUGAAAUGUAACAUCCCCUUACAGGAUGCAGGAGUUUACAACCUUGACUUUCACUCUUGGCAGAGGAUUAAAAAAUGUGAUAGUGAUUCCAUGUCUUUCGAUAUCCAGAAAUCAUUGCACUCUGAAAAAGAACCAAGACAAUGAGUGGGAACUCCAAGAUCACAGUUCGUUUGGCAUUCAAGUCAAUGGGCAUAGGAUAGGGAAAGGCAAUACAUGGAAACUUGCACACAAUGAUGUAGUCACACUUGAGCCAAAUGAAUUCAUAUAUAAAUUCAUUGACCCUGCCUCUCACAUAUUUGAAGUACCAAAAAAGAGAAGAAAACUUAAUGAUGGAAAUGGAGAUGAUCUUUUAAAGGAUGUUAAGAUAAAAUUUGAAGAAUCACAGAGCUAUGAAAUAAAACAUUUAGAAGAAAAAAUUCUUAGUACAAAACAAAGACAGGAAACUUCUAAGAUGUUAAAAGUGCAAUUACAAUUAGAUAUGGAUAGAAAAAUGCAACAGCUUGAAAAUGACUUUGCAAUACAAAUAGAAAAUUUAAAAGGGGAGAAACUAGAGGUGGAAUCUCAGAAGGUCAAGUUGAUUGAAGAACGAGAUAUACAGUUGGCUUCUGUUAGAGACGAAAUGGAAGGAAAAAUUAAAGAGCUGAUGGAACAAAUUCAGAAACACAACGCAACAGAGUCAGAACUUCUCAAAGAGAACAAUCAGCUAAAAGAGAAAUUAUUAAAAGAGCGUGAAGAGUUCCUCUCUGAACUGAGUAGAGAAAAUUCCUCUAAACAGGACAUGUUGGAGAAGUUAGAAGCCAAAAUGCUGGAACAGGAGGAGAUUCGACUAAGAGAAAAGCAAGAACUGGAAGAACAGUUGCGUAAAGAAACGGAACUGAUUAAAUUGGCUAAAGAACAGGAACUCAGGAAUUUAGAAGAUCAAAAGAAGCAACUAGAACAAGAGCUUAUAAAAGAACUGAACGACAUAAAAAAAAAUUUGGCUCAGCAAAUUGAGCAAACAGAGCAGGAAAGGCUCAAGGCCCAAGUGACGUUGAACACGCGAGUUGAAGAGCUGAAGAAAGUCAGUGAAGACGAAAAAAUGAAAAUGGAACAACUUCUCCAUGAAAAGGAGUCAAAACUGACAGAACUUGCUGAGGCAGAAGCAAAUGCGGAAAAAGAGAUGAAAGAACUCAAGGAAAAAAUAAGAGAAAGAGAAAUUGAGCUAGCUUCACUGGCUGCAGAAAUGAUACAAAAGCAGGCAGAACAGUCCGGUGGAGUGAUAAGUUCAUUACAGGAACAAUUGGCAAAGACGAAAUCCCAACUACAGUCACUUGAAAGUGAAAAGAACACAUUGCUGAAUAGUCUAUGUUCCAACAACGCCGGCCAGGGUACUUCCAAGCAGGGCACAAUGGAGGAAGUAGGCGAAUUAAUGGAGAGUGAACUGCAGUGCAGCAUUUGUGCCGAAUUGUUCAUAGUCGCCACUACUUUGAACUGCUCGCAUACGUUUUGCAAAUAUUGCAUCACAAUGUGGAAGAAGAAGAAAAAAGACUGCCCUAUUUGUCGCGCCAAAAUAACAUCACAAUGUAGAAGUUUAGUUCUCGAUUCGUUCAUAGAAAAAGCGAUACAAAAAUCGGAAGAAAUGAAGAAAAGAAGAGAAGAAAUGCUCAAAGAUAGAGAAGAACUCGAGGCCGAACUCGCAACAUCGAACUACGCGGAGGCCUAUAGCCGAAGAAGAAGCUUCAGCUUCAGCUCGUACUCCAGCGCCGAGGAGGACACGGACUUCCUGGAAUACUACCCCGAUUACUACGGCGCGGAGGGGGACUUCGGCCGCGACUACUAUCUCGUCAAUAGUGCAUCCGACGAAUUCGAUUCCGAUGACUCCGAGUCGGCUGCCACUGGCGCAGAUGCCGCUACCGGCUCCGCCGCAGUUGUCGGCGCUUCGGGCGGUUCGUCUUCCGCCCAGGGGAGCGCUACCGAUGCCACUCCAGCCGCAUCGGGUGUAUCAAAUAAUACAACAGGGCGGUCAAACAAUACUGGUAGUCGGCCGCGACGCCGUGGGGUCGUCCCAGGCCUCCCCGGCGCCCCCUAUGGCGGCUACGGGCGCUGCUACAACUGCAACACACGAGGCCACUGGGCCCCCGGCUGCCCAUUCCGCUAACAACGCAACCCCAUAGACUUUUUUGACUGUUUCUUAUAUACAACGGUGGUAUUUUCCACACUGACCGUUUUUUCAAGCGGUAAUUACGUAUAUAAACACCAAAUAAAUUAAUUCUGCCUAUAAUAUAGACAGACACAAGAUUUUUUAUUACACAUGGUAUAAUGUAUGAAUGAUAAUACUAUCACUUACCUCUUUUGCGUUAAAAAAUUCCGCUUAGGCGCCGCGCAAAUGUGUGUCUUGUGUUGGAUACAAGCAAC